AUGGAUGUUGAGAUGAAUGAUGCAGCUCCAACCCAACCCAUACAUCCUCAACCGUCUCGCUCUCAAAUGGGUUUUAACCCAAUGGGUUUUCAGCAGCCGCAUCAGACUCCUACUUCGUUUCAGCAACUGCUACAACAGCCUCUGCUACAACAACCUCUUGUUCCUUCGCCUGGAAUGUUAAGUCCUGAGCAAUUUCACAGUCAAAUGUACCAGUCAUACUUGCAGUUUAUGUUUCAGUCGCCUCAGACGUCUCAUGUGUCAGAGCCUCGGAUGCCACAAAUGUCACAGAUGCCGCAAAAUGUUCAAAUGUCGACACAAGGGCAGCAAUAUCAGAACACAUCGCAGACGAUGCCGACACAACCAUGGGAGCAGAAAUCUCAAAUGAUGCCGACACAUCUAGGACAACAGACUUCUCAGAUGAUGCCGACACAACAAGGGCAGCAGACAUCUCAAAUGAUGCCGACACUACAUGGGCAGCAGACAUCUCAGAUGAUGACCAGCUCGCAAAUGCCGCCAUACUACCCACAGAUGCCGGAUGUUCCUGGGUCGGAUGUUCCUCGAGAUGCUAGUGAUGAGGACGAUGCUACUAUAAACUUCUUUUAG